GCAGAACAUUUUAAAAUAAAUAAAAUCAUAUAAAAUUUCAAAAACUUCGACGCAAUGUUGCUUGCGCUAUUUGACUCUGUAGUGAAUUCAUUAUUUUGUUCGCCUAUAACUACCGUAAGAUGUGAGUCCAAGAGCGAAACACCACUUCCUGCAGUGUCUUCACGUGUACCAUUUCUUGCAUAUCGGCAAUUGGCCGCUGCUGCUGCUGUUGCGCCCGGAGAGGAAUCCUGUGAGUUCGGCAGUCUUAAAUAUUUCCAGUUGUGUAUGAUGGGCGGCCUGAUCUCGUGUGGCAGCACCCACACGCUACUUACGCCAUUGGAUUUGGUCAAAUGCCGAUUGCAAGUCGACAAAGCUAAGUAUAAAAAUUUGAUAUACGGCCUCAAGUUAACCGUGAAGGAGGAUGGUGUGCGUGGCUUGGCAAAAGGUUGGGCGCCUACAUUUUUCGGUUAUUCGGCACAAGGUGCAUUCAAGUUUGGUUUCUACGAAGUAUUCAAAGUAUACUAUUCAAAAGCAUUGGGUGAAGAGAACGCUUAUCUAUAUCGUACCUAUAUCUAUUUGGCCGGCGCGGCUUCGGCUGAGUUCUUUGCCGAUAUUGCACUCGCGCCUAUGGAGGCAAUCAAGGUGAAAAUGCAAACAAUGCCGGGUUUUGCUAAUACAAUGCGUCAGGCGAUACCUAAGAUGAUGGGCGAUGAGGGUAUUAUGGCUUUCUAUAAGGGACUUGUACCAUUGUGGAUGCGUCAGAUACCAUACACAAUGAUGAAAUUUGCUAGUUUCGAAUUAACGUUGGAGUUACUGUACAAAUAUGUGGUGCCGAAACCGCGUGCCGAGUGCACUAAAGGUGAACAGUUAGUGGUGACAUUUGCGGCUGGUUAUAUAGCUGGCGUUUUUUGUGCUAUUAUUUCGCAUCCAGCCGAUGUGGUGGUCUCGAAGCUUAACCAAGCAAAGGGUGCGUCCGCUUUGGAUGUGGCGAAAUCGCUGGGAUUUCUCGGGAUGUGGGGAGGCUUGGGACCGCGCAUCAUUAUGAUUGGUACACUGACUGCAUUGCAAUGGUUCAUCUACGAUGGCGUGAAGGUGGCCUUCCGCAUACCACGACCACCACCGCCAGAAAUGCCGGCCUCACUCAAAGCCAAGAUGGGACAAAGUGAAAAGAAAUGAGAACUUGACUAAAACAUGAAGAUGCUAGUAUAUGAUGAUGAUUUUUGUUUUGUUUACGUAUUUAUAGUGUGUAC